GUGAUGAUCACAUCUGUUUGAUUUUUUGGUUUGAUGAUGAUGAUGUUAGAAUUUUUGUUUUUCUCAGAAACACAUCGUUUUCAUCUAUUUUUUUCCAACUUAAUGACCAAGUGUGUGUGUCGUUUGAUAACCAAGUGUGUGAAAAUUGAAAAUUUAAAUUAAUUUCCAACCGAAAAAAACGAUUCAAAAAACUCUUAAUUUUUAUCAAUUUAAAAUUUAAUAAAAUGAUUGGAUUUCAGUGUUCAACAACAAUUACACAGCCAUCAUGUCUUGGCCGUACAAUAUUUCCAUCAAGUGUUGCAACAUCAUCAACACAUUCAAAUUCAUCAGUAACCAAUGGUAUUGGUAAUGGUAUUGGUUCAUCAUCAUCAUCAUCAUCAUCAUCAACAAAUUCAUCAACAACAACAUCAACAACAACUUUCCAUAAUCGUAUACAAAUAUCACCAAAUUUAAUUGAUUAUUUUCCAUUAAAUGGUGAUGGUUUACGUUUAAAUUGGGCACAUGCUGUUAAUAAUCGACAAAAAUUAUUAACAUCAUUACGUAAUGAUGAUCUUAUGAUUGAAGGUGAUGUUAGUUUAGCUGAAACAUCACGUUAUCCAGUACCAAUAAUGGCACAUCCACCAAAUAAUAUUAGUGAUUUAACAUUGGAAGAUUUUCUUAUAGAAAUUGUUCGUUCAAAUUGUGCAAAAGGUAUUAAAUUGGAUUUUAAAUCAACACGUGUUGUUGAACCGGCAUUCCGUGUAUUGGCUAGACAUGUUGAUUUUAUUAAAGGUCCAAUUGUUUUGAAUGCUGAUAUUCUUGCUGGACCAAACAAUCCUGAAACAACACCAGUAGAUGCAUGGACAUUUUUAAUGUUAUGUCGAACACGUUUUCCAAAAGCAAUCAUAUCUAUUGGUUGGACAACUAAUUUGGAUGGACAGAUAAAAAUUGGCUAUAGCCGUGAAAUGAUUGAUCAUAUGUCAUCAUUAGUACGUGAAUAUAAUCUAAUGCAACCAUUAACAUUUCCAGUUAAUGCUACAUUACUUAAAUAUUCAAUUUGUGAAAUACAACGUCUUCUAUUUCAGGUACCAAACAGUACAUUAACCGUAUGGGCACAUCCAGAAGAAUUUGCCAAUAAUAAUCUAACAUUACAUGAUUUAUUUAUCAUACGUAAAGCAUUCUCAAUCAAUUCCGUUUUUUAUGAUAUGCCUUCCGAAGUUAUUAAUGAAUUACGACGUGCUAGUAAUAUUUGAAUAUUUGGAACAACAACAAAACAUAACAAAAACAACACAAAAAAAAUCAUUUUUGUUUUUAUUUUUCAUUUUUGUUUCAUUUUAAUUUGUUUGUUUGUUUGUUUUUUUAAUUUUCGUAUUUGUUUGUUUGUUCUGUUCUGUUUUUAGCCAUUGUUUUUUUUCUCUGAUGUAAGGAUUAGGUAAUUCUCUGGUGCCUUUUGUUUGUUUGAUAAAUUUUUGGGAAUUACAAACAAAACAAAAAAAAAAAAAAAAAUGAAA